ACCUAUCGAGCAAACUACAAGAGUAAUCGCUCAUUUGUUAUCGAAAAUGUAUAUCGAGCAGCCUAUCUAACCGUAUGUGUGGUUUCGUAUUCCCAAAUUCAUAACAAACAGCAAAAAGGCUACAAAAACAAAUGCCGCAUAUCUUUGGCUCUGGCUCACGCCUGGUGGAUCUAGGCGUCGUCUGUCUGAUCUGUUUGCGCGACGAGCCCGGCUUCUGCUCCAUUUAUGGCCAGGAUUUGGAUACGCCACAAAUGCAAAUUGUGGACAAGAUACGCUGCUGCAGUGUAUUGCAAUUGGAAAAGCCAGAGAUCUCGCAGCUGCCAAACAAAAUUUGCCAUGGCUGUCGCACCGAACUAAGCAUAACAUAUCGCUUCCAGCAGAAAUGUAUAGAAGCGGAAAAGGUAUUUCGAACGGCAACGACAGCGACAACGCUGCUGCUGGACAUGGAUAAACUGGAGUUAGAGCAGCAGCAAAUACUGAAGUUACCUGCUAGUUUAAAGAUAAAGCGCUUGGAAGCGGAACCGCCCGUGCCUGAAGAGAUAGCACCAGUAAUAAAACCAGAGUCGAACAAGCUGCUGUCGCUGGACGUGGAGUGGGCGCAGCGUGAGGAAAUAGAGGAUGAGCAGCUAGAGCUACAGCAAGAGUUGGCGGAAGCCAAGCUGGAGGAACCAGAGGAAGCGGAAGAAGACGAAGAAUUGCAGGCAUUAGAUGGUACCGAGGACUAUGCGCUGCAAGAAGAAGUGGGAGAGGAGGAGCUGGAAGAGGACGAAGUACCAGCACCGGCAAUACCUGCUCAGCCAUUCUGCAGCAUUAUAAGCGCACCCAAUCGUCGCACCAACGAACCAAAAAUCUGCGACAUUUGUGGCAACACCUAUCGCUAUCAACAUGCACUAAAUGCGCACAUGCGUCGCCACAACAACGAACGUCCCUACCCCUGCGAAGUGUGCCAAAAGGCAUUCAUUUCCAACGUCGAGUUGCGUCGACACAUGCGCGUGCACACUGGACAAAAGCCCUAUGGCUGCCACUAUUGCGAGCGUCGCUUCUCCGACUUUGGCAGCAGCAAGAAGCACGAACGCAUACAUACGGGCGAGCGUCCCUAUGUGUGCGAAGUAUGCUCCAAGGGAUUCGCCUAUGCGCAUGUGCUCUCGGUGCAUCGAAGGACACAUACGGGCAAGAAGCAGUUCCAGUGCACACAUUGUGACAAGGGCUUUACCAAAAAGAGCUAUCUGCUGGCGCACAUGGAGCAGCAUCGCGGCGGUGGCAGCACAGGCAACGAAGCUGCCAACACCAGUCAAGGAGCUGGCGCCAUGGAGCUGGGCGCCACCAAGCUACGGCUGCCCGUGCGUAAACGUGAAAGGACGGGGCAGCAGCUGCAUCUAACACCGCCUGCAGCUGUGAAUGAAUUCGAGUUAGGCAUGGAGACCAAAGUGCUGGAGGAAUGCAUAGUUACCAACGAUUUCAUGUUUAAUGAUGAUGCGCAGGAGCAGCAAGAGCAUAACUACCACGAUACGGAGCUGGACGAGAAUGCCUUUGAGACGGUGCAACAUGUUAAGGUGCCCUAUGGCUUGGUUGGUGAUCUGCUCGACGAUGAUCUUGUCAACGCCGCCAAAUACCUGAUCGAGUAGCUUAGUUCCUUCCUUCCUUCCACCUUAUUCAACGCCUCGCCGCACUCCUUAGUUAGUAUUAUGUCUUAAGCUAGAACUAACCACAAACUGUGUAAAUAUUAUUAAACAAAUUUAUGAAACGAAACAAAAACAAUACCAGUUCAUUAUUUUGGUUUAUGAAA